AUUUUUAACAUUACGGGAGAGUUUAGGGAAAAUAAUUUGUUAAAUUAGAAAAUUAUUGACUAUUUAUUAUUUGGAUUAUUAUUAUGACGAGCGAAUCGUUUAUUGUAAAUGGUUACCCAAUUGGGUACGAUAGGUACGGCACCGGCCCGUCACCUGUGCUCAUGAUACCCGGUGCUCUCGGCACGAGUAAAACUGAUUUUUACGAACAGUUGGAAGGGGACGACCAGUUAGAUCAGGACAAAUUCACCAUCAUCGCUGUGGACCCGCCCGGUUGGGGCCGAUCCCGACCACCCGCUCGCAAAUAUGACGACAAUGUCUUCAAUAACGAUGCGGACUGUUAUUAUGAACUCAUGAAACAUUUAGGUUUUGUAAGAUUUCACGUGAUCGGUUGGUCUGAUGGUGCGAUAGUAAGCAUAUGGAUGGUCUGCAAAUAUCCCGGUGCUGUCAUACGAAUGGCAAUUCACGGCGGUUUACACACUGUAUAUUCAAAGACCAUAUCUGUAUUGAAGUCGACCCGUAAUGUCGAGGGUUGGCCUAAAGAGAGACUCGACGGCUGUCUUCGCGCGUAUGAUAGCAAAGAGGAGUUACAGAAACUAUGGGACAGACACUUGAAGUUUGUCGACUAUUAUAACGUAUAUUUCCCGCGGGACCCCAAUAUUAACAAUUAUCCAAAAGUCAACUGUCCCAUUCUUAUCAUGCAUGGCGAUAAGGACGCGCUUACUACAAUAGAGCACCCUGAAUAUUUUGUUAAGCACAUAAAGUCUGCCCGAUUACACCGAUUCCCCGCCGGUAGCCAUGACUUGCACUCUCGAUAUGCCUCGACUUAUAAGAGUCUUGUCGAAGAAUUUCUGCUCAAAUAAAGCUUUGGAUCAUUUAUAUCGACAAACAUUUCUUAUAAAGUGGCGAAC